CCAAUUUUAACAGACCCUUUGUUCAGCAGUGGAGAAACUGGGGAGGCAACAGCUGCCCCAGCUGCUUCCGUACAAGAUGGCGUCGCCCAAUUGUACACCCCAGUUGGGGUUACGUCCUCUUAGCCGGUCACAAGACCGGAAGUGGUUUCGGUCCUAGUGGAUCCGGGUGGGUGCAUGCAGGUGGCCAAAGAGGUUCCAGUGCUUCAGCGUGAGGUGCCGCAGGUGUUCCAGUCGAGUCCGGGGCCGCAGAUUGUGGGAUUAGUGAUAUGCUUUCCUUCAACAGCAGAAAAGUUGAAGAUGUCUAAACAUUUAGUGGCUUUGACUGUGACCACCCUUCUUGGCGUGGCUGUUGGGGGGUUUGUCCUGUGGAAAGGCAUCCAGCGCCGGAGGAAUAAAACGAGCCAUGUGACCCGGCAGCAGCUGCCGCCACCGCCACAGCCAAAAGCGCCAGGCAGGGGGGAGCUGCCUGCCCCAGAAGAGGAUCAGCCCCACUCGAGUGCCCCCAGAGCCUCAUGGGAAGAAAGGAUCCUUAAAGCAAAGGUGGUGACUGUGUCUCAGGAGGAGGAAUGGGAUCAAAUCGAGCCUUUGCUUAGGAGGGAGUUAAAAGAUUUUCCAGUACUUGGAAUCGACUGUGAGUGGGUGAAUUUGGAAGGCAAAGCCAGUCCUCUAUCACUCCUUCAAAUGGCCUCUCCAAGUGGCUUCUGUGUCUUGGUUCGCUUGCCAAAGCUGAUCUCUGGAGGAAAGACACUACCAAAAACAUUAUUGGACAUUUUGGCAGAUGGCACAAUCUUAAAAGUUGGAGUAGGAUGUUCAGAAGAUGCCAGCAAGCUUCUGCAGGAUUAUGGCCUCAUUGUUAAGGGGUGCCUGGACCUCCGAUACCUCGCCAUGAGGCACAGAAACAAUUUGCUCUCUAAUGGGCUUAGCCUGAAGUCACUUGCUGAGACUGUUUUGAACUUUCCCCUUGACAAGUCCCUUCUACUUCGUUGUAGCAACUGGGAUGCUGAGAAUCUUACUGAGGACCAGGUCAUUUACGCUGCCAGGGACGCCCAGAUUUCAGUGGCUCUCUUUCUCCGUCUUCUUGGAUACCCUUUCUCUAGGAAUUCAACUCCAGAAGAAAACAAUGACCGCAUCGGCUGGCGAAAAGUCUUGGAGAAAUGCCAGGAUGUGGUGGACGUGCCAUUCCGAAGCAAAGGGAUUAGCAGAUCGGGAGAAGAGGUUCACGGGGAAGCAGCAGAAGCUCCGCAGAAGCCAAGAAACAAGAAGUCCAAGACCGAUGGAGCAAUGCCCGGCACCCACCAAGGGAGAGACCCCAGAAAACAUAAAAGAAAGCCCCUGGGAGUGGGCUAUUCUGCCAGAAAGUCACCCCUCUAUGAUAACUGCUUUCUCCACGCUCCUGAUGGACAGCCCCUCUGCACUUGUGAUCGAAGAAAAGCUCAGUGGUACCUGGACAAAGGCAUUGGAGAGCUGGUGAGCGAAGACCCUUUUGUGGUCAAGCUACAGUUUGAACCUGCGGGGAGACCCGAGUCCCCGGGAGACUACUACUUGAUGGUUAAAGAGAACCUGUGCGUGGUGUGUGGCAAGAAGGACUCGUACAUUCGGAAGAACGUGAUCCCGCAUGAGUACCGGAAGCACUUCCCCAUCGAGAUGAAGGACCACAACUCCCACGACGUGCUGCUGCUCUGCACCUCCUGCCAUGCCAUCUCCAACUACCAUGACAACCACCUGAAGCAGCAGCUGGCCAGGGAGUUCCAGGCCCCCAUUGGCUCCGAGGAGGGCUUGCGUCUGCUGGAGGAUCCCGAGCGGCGGCAGGUGCGCUCUGGGGCCAGGGCGCUGCUCACCGCCGAGAGCCUGCCUGCCCACCGCAAGGAGGAGCUGCUGCAGGCCCUCAGAGAGUUUUAUCACACACACUCGGUCACGGAGCAGAUGCUUCAGGAGGCUGCCAGCCUGGAGACCAGGAUUUCCAAUGAAAACUACGUUCCUCACGGGCUGAAGGUGGUGCAGUGCCACAGCCAGGGCGGGCUGCGCUCCCUCAUGCAGCUGGAGAGCCGCUGGCGGCAGCACUUCCUGGACUCCAUGCAGCCCAGGCACCUGCCGCAGCAGUGGUCGGUGGACCACAACCAUCAGAAGCUGCUCCGCAAAUACGGGGAAGACCUUCCCAUCAAGCUGUCGUGAUCGCUUCUUCCCUCCCAGGUUAGGACGGCUGGGCAACUGGAGCCAAGGGUGAAAAGUCACCUCUUCCUCUUUUAAUGUCCUGGUCAAAGCCUGGUGACACAACUCACAAUACUAACCGGUAUUGAUCCCAGGAUGCUUCUGGGGGAGCUUAUGGUUUUGAAUUGUAGGUGGGCAGGGUGAAAUCUUUUUUCCACUCUCUUACUUUCUUUUUGUGGACAAGUGGGGGGCUUGUCCUUCAUUGUACUCUCCUUCUGCUUCCCCUGUGCAGAUGACAGUGAAAGACUCUCCCUGGUGUGUCUUGUCAAGACUCUUAGGUUUUUAACACUUUUCUUCCCAGGCCAGCGGGUUGGUUUUAUCUCCAACAGGAGCCAUCACAUAUUUCAAUGCCAUCAGGCUAGGAGGGGGAAAACGUUCUUUCAGAAGUUGGGGGUGUGCAGGCGUCCGAUGGACUUUCCCAGUUGAAGCCCCUAGUUAGAAAUCCUUUGGCUUAAUGCCCUCCCACACCUCACCUGGUUGGGAUCCAGCCCGUGUAGGUUGCUGGUGUUUCUGUUAUGUGCUUGAAAAUGCUCCCCUGUACACAUUCGGGACCAAAGCAGCUACUUCCUGCCACACGCUCCCACCCUAACGCUGGAGGGAAUCCUUUUCUGGAAAGAGGCCUUCGACUUGGGUGGGGCAGAGAGAAGCACAAGCACCUUCUCCCGAAAGACCUGGGAUAAUUUGCUCAGCUUUCCCUUUCCUGCUCUUCGUCGUCUGCUCGUUUGCAAUCCUCCUGCCCGGAACUGCAAGGCUUUUAGCCUAAUCCCCUUCUGAGAGGAAGAUUAUCUCUUCUCAGAAUCCGUACCACAUCCCAUCAGUGGUCUGUCUUCCAUCAGAUUUGCAACACUGACCUCUUUUAAGCUCUUAAUUCCCCCCCAGGGUUGUUUGGUCAGGUUGCAGUGAGGGUAUUUCUCCUCCUCCCCUCACGCCCCCUCAUGCCCUGAGAUUAAGGAAUACCUUUCAAUGUUCAAAACGGCGGUGUUUCGUCCUUUCACAUGGGAGGCCACCACUUUGAGCAUGAAAUCAAUUUACUAGUGUUUAGUAUUUUUUUUAAACGAUUUGGAAAACUUUCUUACCUUACAAGAUCUUCACAAGCUUCAAAAAGACUUUUAUGGCCAGAAUCCAACAAGAGCUCUCUUUUCGGAAUUGUGCCUGAGUUGGUGAUGGUUGCUCUAACAUUGAUAAAUAAAACUUCUAAGCACAAAGUUCACAGAUGGUAAAUGUAAAACUUUUUUCUUCAUAAUUUUAUAAAAUUAGCAAUAUCCUUGGGGAAGGGGAUCUUUAUCCUAUUGGUCCCUGAUGCGCUCGUGGUACGUGUGCACAGACGUCCCCCCGCCCCAGGUUCCUCGUCACCAGCAGCCCAGAGUACCUGCACAUCCUGCAUUUUGUUCCUCUGCCCCUUCAUUCCCACAUGUCCUCAAACAAGUAUUUCUGGGGACUAAACUAGAAAAGGAGUAGUGCCGGCCACACUGGGGGUGGUAUGUUCAACGCCCUGUGUGGUUAUGGAGCGGGUGCCUCACGUGGAGCCCAGGGAGAACUGUGGAGAUGGCUGGCUGGUAAUGGUCAGAAUGGCCACAAGGGGGCGCGCGUAGCUCUCCUUGUAUAUCCAUUCUUGCAACAAGGGGCUUUUUUAUACAGGGUACCUGAACAAAACUCAUGACUUAAGUUUCUGAUUGUGUGUAUCUGAUUUUCAGUCAUUUUGAUAGCUUUAUAAGAAAAAUGCCUUCCUUUGAAACGAGAGUAGGGCUCUUCCUUUCUCCUUCCCUGUGAUCCUCAUACUAGGGUGAGAAACACGUAAGAGGUGUUUGAGGUGCUGUGGUUGCUGUGGGAAGCACGAAUGUUCUCUGGUAGAACUCCCUGCAAAGCUUAGUAACUCGAGCCAGCAGCCAAGAUAGAGAAGAAAUCUGGACUGUGGCAUACGUGAUUUCUCAUCCUCUUGAGAAGAGUUACUGUAUAGAUUUGAAUCUUUGUUUUCUUGAGCAGCUUUUCUCUAAGACUGGCAAUUGCUAUCUCAAAUGAGUUAUUUUAGGGUAAGCCUAUUUUAAAAUAAAAUUUCUUUUUCUGAUAUAAAAGUAAUGUGCAUGCUUGUUAGAGACGAAUCUAAAGAGAGAAUAAAAGUCCUUCUUCCCUCCAUGUAGAACAAAGCUAAUCGCUGCUGGUAUGUUUUAUGAAUUUCUUUUUGUACUUAAACUGCAUCUAAUGUAUGUAAUAUUUAAACAAAGUUUGGAGUCAUAUAUACAGCGUGGUAUCCUGUUUUUUCCCAUUUAACAUGGUAUCACACAUAAUUUCUUGGGUCUUUAAAUAUUUGAAAAUAGAUUUCCAGUAACUCUACCUUCCUUUUUUUAGGGCCACACCCUAGGCACAGGGAAGUUCCCAGGCUGGGGUUUGGAUCAGAGCUGCAACUGCCAGCCUACGCCACGGCCCCGCAGCAACACUGGAUCUGAGCCUCGUCUUCGACCUAUACCAUAGCUCACGGCAACGCCGGAUCCUUAACCCACUGAGCGAGGCUAGGGAUCAAACCCGAGAACUCACGGAUUCAUUAGUCGGGUUCGUUAACCGCUGAGCCACGACAGGAACUCCCUACGUUCCUUUAAUUAUGCAUUCCCACACUGUUGAAAAUUUUGGGUAUUUCAGAUCCUUUGUUAAUAUCGGUGAUGUUGGGGUGAACUCUUUUUCAUACAUCUUUGAUUCUAUCUUUGAUAACUUAUUUGGGAUAGAAGCCUAGAAAUUGGAUUGCAAGGAGGGGGAGUCCCAUUCCCGGAGGCAGUGCAAGCCGAUAUCGCCUUUUAGCAGUUUCUGUGAAGAGAAGGCUUCGUGUUGACCCUUUCACAUGUGUUGUGUGUUCGCUGAGCCUCCUUCUGAGUAGCAGAGGGAGAAGAGUGUCGCAGCACAGGCCCCUGUGAAUGUGUUGGUCAUGACCGUGGCAGCAGGCUCGGCCUCCUUCCUCCUCCUCCCUUACUGCCUCAUUGCUCCCUCGCAGCAGCGCUCUUUGGAACUAUUGUUUAUUUUAAAAUAAAAAAGUAAAAACAUUGGAAUUAAAAA